AUGAAGUUGCUGGCCCUUGCAGCCGUGACCCUUCAUGGCUUAGCUUCCAAGGUGCCAAAGAAUCAACUCUUGGAGCUGGACGAAGGACUCAACCUUCGAGGUCAUUCCGGCAAGAAGGUUCAAAGUCCAACCCUUCCGACGCUGGACUCAGACAUCUACCCAGUGGCACCUCAAGACCAGCUGGCUGCAGGUGUUCAGGCAGCUGGAGCUCAAUCACCUCCUGGUAGUGCCCUGCCACGGUAUCACCGGAAGGAGGAGCAAGCGCCAAAUGCAUUCCCUGAAACUGCUUCGAAGGCUGGACGGCAAGUCCUGCUGACAUACUCUGUAAACCAGGAGAACAAGUUCAUGCUUACUUUGCAGGAGGGCCCAGAUGCUCAUGGAGUUUACACCAUCCUCUGGGCCGACUCCGGUGUCGCAUCAUCCGCCGUACAUGCUAUGCACAUGAGGCUCCCAAGCCUGCUGUUGCGCAUGCACUGGGAAGCCUCGGAUUUCAGAUGGCGAAGCAAUGCCCUGUCGGAGAUCAAAAAGGAAGUCUUGCCAGAUGAAGUGGCUGCCAGAACUCCAGCCAGAUAUUGCCAAGAUUGCAUCAAAGUGCUGCAAAGUCCGCCUCAGCUGCCUCAGCUUCACUCGAAUUUUUGGGCCAAUUUGCUGGGCGACGGACUGGUUUCAGGGGGCAAGAAAGGCCCGGUUGGACACUGGACGGAGACGGAAGAGAUGGAGACCAUCUUUGGGGCGCUGACGUCUUUCCAAGCUCCGGAGGUCUUGCGUGGACAGCAGCUGGAAUGCCAUGAUUCGCCGCAUGGCUGGCAGGACAGCAAUGGCAAUGACUGCUACCAGUACAAGAAAGGUGAGUGGUGUUCUUCCAGCGGUUCUGGCGCGGGCUGGAAAGAUUCCUGGGGAAGCUUUGUAGAAUGGUCCAAUAGCAUGGCUGGAAAUGGUCCGGAGCAAGCAUGCUGUGCGUGCGGUGGUGGUGUGAAGCUCUUGGCAUCAGUGGUGUCCCACCUCGAUGGUCGACUUCAAGCGCCCCAGGACGGCUUCGAUGAAGGCGGCAUGGCUCCGGCAGACAGGCUGCCUGAGGAGUUUAUGGAUUCCGAUCCAGUCACUGCACCUUUGGAUCAGAUUCCGGCCAAGUUUGCUCAUUAUCUCACAUCUGUGGACAAGAAGAGGCAACAACCAGAUGUCAUGGGCCUCUCCGCACGCUUCUACAGCGUAAAGCCCACAGAUGACUGCAAUGGUCCUGCGCCAAUGUCUUCAACCAUUGAUCGUGCGUUGGAUUAUCGCUUUGGUUUUACUGGUGGCUUCCAGCGCUUUCUUCAAUUACAUGCCAAGCAUGCGGACUCUGGCAGCUUUUUCUACGGCAAAUGGACUGGAACCAUCAAUAUUUUGGAGAAGGGGAAGUAUGUCUUCGAUUUGGACCUUGGAUUUGACACCAGCAGCUCCAUCAAGAUUGAUGGCCAGGAGUUGCUGACCCAUGGACAGUGCAAGGCAUCAAAGGAAGCGUACUCUUGCGCACAAAAGCGCUGCCUGUGGUUAGAUGGCAACUGCAUGCCACCAUCUGGUGCCGCCGGGAGUGCUCCGGCUCCAGCACCGGCCGUGGCCGUCGCGGCCGCGGCCGCGCCUGGCUUGGAAUGGCCGCGGCUGGUGCCAGAGAGACAGUCAGAUGUCAUGAGUCCUUGGCACAACGCAGCAGCUCUGGGUUUGCUGCAGGCUCCCUCCCCCGCCACAGCGCCUGGGGCCGCUGCAGCGCCUGCGCCAGUGCCCAUGGCCAUGGCACCUGUGCCCGCGCCCAUGGCGGCGGUGCCGGUGCCGGUGCCGGCUCCAGCGCCACCACCCUUUGAGGCGGAAGGAAAACCAGGAGAGAUGCUGUUGAGUGUGGGAGGUCACUGCGUGGAGGUUUUGGUGCGUGCCGAUUCAAACAGCCGCUCAAUCCAGCUUUCGUACAAUGGCCCUGACACAGGGCAUGUGAAGACUGUGGUGCCUGGGCAGGUGCUGUUUUGCGACCCAGUGGUGCCAGCCUGCGUUUCCCCGGAGCUCAGCAGCUGCAAAUCUUCGACUUGUGGCUCAGCGUCAGAAUCUGCACCAGCACCUGCACCAGCCCCGGAUGCCUUGGUUUCCGUGGAGACGACGGAACCAAGGAUUCCACCAGGCUGGAGCGUGCCAUCAAUGCUGGAGGCAGUGCAGAGGUGA